AUGGAUACCGAAGGUCAAGAUAUCAAUGCUGAAAACGCAUCAUCAUCAACAACGUCAAACGCUACAAACGCGACAACAACAUCGCAAGUUCCACGCAGUGGUUUACCGCCGUUUCCUCCCUUUAAUCCACACCAAGAUACAGCAACAGUGGGUCAAAGAUGGACUAAAUGGGUUCGUCGUUUCGAAAACUUGCUUAUAAGUCUUCGUGAGUUUGAUUCAACCGUUAGGAGAGGUUUAUUGUUAACCUAUGUAGGCGAGUCAGCCAACGACAUUUUCGAUAUUCUUCCCGACACUGGCACAACUUAUCAAGAAGCGAUCGAUUGUUUCACCCAACACUUCGUGCCACAAGGAAAUACAGACAUGGCUAUAUUCGAUUUUCGAGAGCUAAAGCAAGGAUCCAACGAAACGCUCAACGAAUACUACCGUCGACUGAAGACAAAAGCAGUACAAUGUAAUUUUCACAGCGAGGAAGCCGAGAUUAAAACCCAAAUUAUUCACAAAACCCGCGAUUCCCGGUUAAGAAAGAAAGCGCUUCGUGAGACGAUGACUCUCAAACAAAUUCUCGACUACGGGAAUACCUUAGAACGUACAGAUGAACAGUCUAAACGCCUCGAUAACGCCAGCAAAUUCCAAAGCGAAAGUAACGAAACAGUAAAUUAUAAUUACAACGAAAAGAAUUCAAAACAACAUCGAAAAUUUCCAACUUCCGGUGGAUCAAAUUCCAGAUACAGGACGCCCAAGAAGCCUGAUUCGCGUUUUCUAGGAAAUAAAUACCAGAAAGAAGCUCCAGAUAGCGGUCGAAAGUCCCAAACCUGUCGUAACUGUGGAGGUAAAUUCCCGCACAAAGACGGAAUAGAGUCCUGCCCAGCUAGAGGUAAACCUUGCCACAACUGCAAGAAAAUCGGUCAUUUUGCAAAAUAUUGCAGAUCUCAAUCUAAGGACAGUGGAAAUGUCAGACAUGUCAACCAAGAGAAAAGUCGUGAUUAUCUUCAAGAAUCGGACGAUGAAUUUCUUUUUACUGUCAACACAAGCUCGGGUAAACAUCCAGAAACGCAAGUACAGAUUGGACACACUAAAGUAAACAUUCUGAUUGAUUCCGGAGCCUCUGUUAACCUUCUGAACUACCCAAUUUUUCAACAAAUUCAGAAAGACGACAACCGUAUCAAGUUACAAAAGACCAAUGCCAGAAUCUUUGCAUAUGGAACACCAACACCACUCGAGUUAGCCGGAGAAUUUCAAGCUAUCAUCACCUCAGCAUCAGGUACAUUCAAAAUUGCUAAGUUUUACGUAGCACAAAAGAAAUCUAAGUGUAUUCUUGGAUAUGAAUCAUCUUCCUCAUUGGGACUUAUCAUCCUCAACAUCAACACCCUCAACCCGGUUCAACAAGAUCAUGAUGUACGUCGCAUUAUCAACAAACAUCCAAAGCUAUUUGAAGGAACGGGAAACCUCAAGGGACGUGAAGUGAAGCUCGAAAUUGACCCAACAAUAACCCCGGUCGCACAAACAAAUCGGAAAAUUCCACACAGCAUGAAAACCAAAGUAAACAAAAAGCUGCAGGAGAUGAGAGAAGAAAGGAUAAUCGAGAAAGUUGAGGGAGCAACGCCUUGGUUAUCACCGUUGAUAGCCAUCCCAAAGAAGAGUGGGGACCUCCGACUAGUGUUAGACAUGCGUAUACCUAACACAGCACUUGUAAGACGGCGCGUACAAAUUCCUACAGUCAACGAGAUACUUCAAAAGAUGGAGGGAGCAAAAGUCUUUACAGAGGUUGACCUGUCGCAAGGUUAUCUUCAACUGACCUUGGCAGAGGAAUCCCGUCAUAUUACAGCAUUUUCAACUCCUGAAGAUGGUCCGCAUAGAUUCACCAGGCUGAUAAUGGGAGCAUCACCAUCCGGAGAACACUUUCAUGAGAUUAUCCACGAGCUCAUCAAAGAGGUACCAGAUUGUGCCAACAUCUCUGAUAACAUUUGGCUAUGGUCCAAAGACAGAGAAACACACCUCAAGCGGCUAGACCAGCUCCUCACAAUCCUGAGAACCAAUGGCAUCACACUCAAACUACCAAAGUGUUCGUUCGCAGUACCGCAGAUAAACGUGUUUGGUCAUAUCGUGUCCGAGAAAGGAAUCAGACCAGAUAGCACCAAAGUCGAAGCCAUAACAAAUGCUCCACAUCCUACAACAGCAUCGGAAGUCAGAUCCUUCCUAGGCCUCACCAAUUAUUGUUCGAGAUAUAUACCCGACUACAGCAGCCUAACCUUCCCACUUCGACAGCUCACAAAGAAGAAUGUCACGUUUCACUGGGAUCACAGUCACGAGAAAGCAUUCCAGUCACUGAAGAAUGCCAUCACCACUUCACCGGUAUUAGCUCAUUACAAUCUUACUGCGGAAACCAAAGUCGUAGUAGAUGCAUCGCCAUGGGCACUGGGUGCCGUACUUCUCCAGAAACAAGCCGACGACAAUUAUCGACCAAUCGCGUACGGUAGCAGAUCGCUAACAGAUGUCGAACAGAAGUAUGGUCACAUAGAGAAAGAAGGAUUAGCAAUCGUAUUCGGAUGUGAACACUUUCACAUGUACCUAUAUGGACGUAGUUUUGAAUUGGAGACAGACCACCGACCUUUAGAGCAUAUCUACAAGGCAAAGCUUCAAAGCAAACCAACAUCAGCCAGACUCGAAAGAUGGAGACUUCGACUCCAAGAGUACGACUUCCACGUUAUCUACCGACCUGGCCCAUCCAAUCUGGCCGAUUCUUUGUCCCGACUCCCGAAAGAUGGAAAAGAUGGAAGCAAGAGGAGCAACAUGGAGGCUUGCGCUGACCGAUAUGUUCAUUACAUGACACAAGCACAGACACCGAAUGCCAUGAAAUUAGAAGAAAUACAAAGAGAAACAUUAGCAGAUCCGGAACUCCAGCAGAUUAAACAGAACUUGCAAAAUAAUCAAGUAUACAAACUUCCGAAAGCAUAUAAGCUCAUCGCUCAUGAGCUCUGCAUCACAGAUCAAGAUAUCUUACUUCGGGGUGAUCGCAUUGUUCUUCCUAACAAGCUGAGACAACAAGCAAUUAGCCUUGCACAUGAGGAUCAUGCAGGUAUGGUCCGCUGCAAACAACGCCUGCGCUCCAAGCUUUGGUGGCCAGAGAUGGACAAGCAGGUUGAAGAACGAAUUCGAUGCUGUCAUCCAUGUCAACUUGUCAGUAAGAGCCCGCGACCAGAGCCAAUGGAACCAACUAAGCUUCCUAAGAAACCAUGGUCGAAGCUAGCCAUAGACGUAUGUGGACCAUUUCCCACUGGAGAACAAGUAGUUGUCCUUACUGACUAUUAUUCGCGCUGGCCAGAAGUCAAAAUCUUAAAAUCAGUCACGUCCAAAAACAUUCUCGACUGGUUACUAUCGGUAUUUGCAACUCACGGAUUUCCAGAUGAAAUAAAGUCCGACAACGCAUCCUACUUUGUUUCUACCGAGUUCAAGGAUACAUUAACUUCUUGGGGAAUAGAACAUAAGACGGUGACGGAAUAUUGGCCGCAAGCCAAUGGGCAAGUUGAGAGAUUUAAUCAAGUUCUCGAGAAACACAUCCUAACCGCACAGGCGGAAGGAAAAGCGUGGAAACCCACCAUUCCAAUCAUGCUACUCCACUACCGCAAUACUCCUCAUAGAAUGACCGGAAGAACACCUUCAUCAUUGCUAAUGAACCGAGAAGUCAAGACGAAACUUCCUAGUUUUGAACAACAGACAAACGAUGAAACUGAAACUCGCAAGAAAGAUGAAGAGGAGAAAGAGAAAUAUACCGACAAGAGGCGAAAAGCAAGUCCAAGAAAUCUUGAAGUCGGAAAUAAAGUACUAGUUACUCAAAAACAUCGAAACAAAUUUACGACAAAGUUUCAUCCUGAUCCAAUGGUAAUCACCAAAAUAAACGGCACGCAGAUAGUGUUAAAAGACAAGAAUGGCACACAACAUCGCAGAAACUCAUCGCAUGUCAAGUUAUACCAGGAAAUUCCUGAUCCUGAAGAAGAAAUCCAGAGUGAUCGCAAGCAUGACAGACAAACGGAAAGUCGCGAAGAAAACACCGAAGCAACUCAAACAGAAACCAACCAGAAUACUACAGAAACGGAAAUUGUUCUACGUAGAUCAACGAGAAAUAGAAAACCAGACUAUCUAAAAGUAGGUUAAAUUAGUCAAGUUUAAAAUGCAGACUGUUGACAUUUAGUUUAGUUUAAAGAGCACGGUAAUGAAACCCGUAAUAGUAAUUCCAAGACACUAAGUCUUAGAACGGAACUACAAAGUAAAGAACUACAUAGAAUAGAGAUUUUAGAAACUUUAAAGGUUGAUAUUUUCAUAACUAUAAUUAAGGAAGGGAUGUUGUAUCCAAAUGCUGAUUGGUCAGCUGAAGUGAUUGACAUAUAAGAUUAGGUCACGAGACAUUAGAUUAGGAGACGCUAAGCCAGAGAGCAAGUAUAGAUGUAUAAUAUAGCAGAGUAAAUAUAUGUUAUAAAAGUUGAAUAACAGAGGAUAUAAAAGACCUUGAGAAAGCUUGGCAGUCAAGCCGUGCACAGAACUGACUAAUUAAAUCUUUGUUUGCUGUUCGCCUGUUCGGUUAAAUAGAGAAACUGACUCUUAAUUAUAUAAAAGUACCUUGAAUUUUUAAGUUUAAUUAAAAAGCAAAAUGCUCUGCGGACAUGUUCAUGAGAAUAUAAUUUUUUGUGUAACGAAAUCUACAACACUUGUCAAUCAUAUUGCAUGUGUAUCUAAAAAUAACAUGUGGGCGUCCCACGGUCUAGACAGGUUUUGUGUCAGGCCCUAUUUCAAAUUAGGGCCUGAACUUCAGGUUAGGGGGAGAGUGAAGUAAAUUGCGCAAUGUCGGAAAUUAGUCCUCUGGGAACUUUGCCCGGGGUGAUGUAAUUCCGGGGACGAAUGUAACGAACACGUUGUUGAUCGGAAAACACUAGCGAAGCGUGAACUACAUAUCAGAUUAUAUUUGUAAAUUUAUUUUUGUUUUAUUAUAUAUUUUAUUAAUUUUGUGAUUGUGUUGUGAAGACCCGUUUCCAACAGCUGAAGUUUUGUCGCUUCGUACCGUUCCAGUAUGGUUAAAGGCAAAUGGUCGAAAAGUUAAAGUCAACGCUAUUCUGGAUGAUGCUUCCAAUGAAACAUUUCUAAAUGAACAAGUUGCUGGAGUGUUAGGGCUACAAGAGCCGUACAAGACAGUUAAAGUUCAGGUGUUAAACAAUGAGGUUGAAACGUUCCAGUCCAUGCCUGUGGAGGUUAUGAUUGAAAGUGUUAACGGACAGUAUCGAAAGGAAAUUAGUGUCAAAACGUGCCCUCAGAACGUAACGGGAAGCUACAAAGUAGAGGAUUGGUCAAAGAAUAAAACCAACUGGCCACAUCUUCAGAGUUGUGAUUUUGCAACACCAGCAAAGGAAGGUUUAGUGGACUUAUUGAUUGGAGUGGACAACGCCGAUUUACUGUAUUCAAGAGCAGAUGUUCGGGGGGAACCAGGAAGCCCAAUAGCCCGACUCGGACCACUAGGAUGGAGUUGCAUUGGAGCCACAGAGAAACAGCGAGGAACUGACUGUAGAACGCACACCAUUAGAACAUUUUUUCCAGGAGUACUGCAGAAAUUCCAUUCUGUUGCCAGAUCGAUGAACAGGUCAAGAGAUUCUGGGAAGUUGAAAGCUAUGGUACAGAGAACAUGGUUUCGAUGGUUCAUACUGCAGAAGAUAGGGAAACCCCGAAGUACGUGAAAGAAUCAAUCAGCCACAAUAGUGCAACGUCUAGAUACAAGAUCGCCAUUCCUUGGAAAGAGAAUCGUCCAAAACUCCCAGACAACAAAAACAAAGCAUUAUCGAGACUCGGUAGCAAUGAGCCGGAAGUGCGUCUUCGUUUCACCUACCGAGCUUUUGAUCAGACUGCUUUAGAUUAUGCUGGACCGUUCACGACAGUUCAAGGGCGAGGAAAACAACGACUUAAACGGUGGCUUUGUUUGUUUACAUGCCUAACCACACGCGUAUAUUUUUUCAAAUCACGCCCCUCAUGGAAAUCAGCUCCUAGUUGUUGAGGCCAGCGUGCUUAAAUAAAUUUUUGUAUGUAUGUAUGUAUGUAUGAGCGGAAGUUGAAGAAGGAUGAAAUCGUGAGCAGGGAGUAUCAAGAUACAAUUGAAUCGUAUUUGGAGAAGGGCUACUUGCGGAAAGUCGGAAAAGACGAAGUGAUCCCUCCCGAAGUAUGGUAUUUUCCACAUUUCCCAAUGAUUCGAAUGGACAAGACAACGACAAAAGUACGGAUUGUUUUCGAUUGUUCGGCUAAAACAGACGGACUAUCCUUGAACGAUGUCAUUAAUCCUAGACCGAAGUUACAGAAGGAGCUUUUCGAUGUAUUACUUCGUUUUCGGCGUGAUCCAGUAGCAUUAGCUUGCGAUAUUAAAGAGAUGUAUCUGCAAGUGGAAAUUGAAGAAAACGAUCGUCCAUAUUUGUUAGUUCUGUGGCGUGAUCUAGACAGUACGAAAGAGCCCGAUGUCUAUGAGUUCACUCGUGUCGUCUUUGGCAAGAAUUCGGCCCCCAUGGAGGCGCAGUUCAUCGCACAAGAGAAUGCAAGACUACACCAAGAAACCCAUCCAUUAGCGGCAGAAACCGUUUUAAAGUCGACUUAUAUGGAUGACUCGAUAGACAGUGUGGAGACAGACGAGAUCGGCGUAAAGUUAUAUCGGCAGUUAAGCUCGCUUUGGAAUCAUGCGGGAAUGCAGGCAAGGAAGUGGGUUUCGAAUUCGGAAGCGGUUAUUGAGGCGAUCCCAGUGGAAGACCAAGCAGUACAGCUCACAAUUACUGAUGACAAAUAUCCAGUUGUUAAAACCCUUGGUGUUGCUUGGGACAGCAAAGAAGAUAUCCUGACACUACCUGCUUCUAGAGUCUCCUCCGACAUUCCACUAACCAAGCGUAACGUUUUACGAACGAUUGCUGCGGUAUUUGACCCACUUGGGUUUGUCAGUCCAUUCGUAAUGGUCGCCAAGGUUAUAUUGCAAGAACUUUGGGCUCGCGGCUACGACUGGGAUGACACAAUCGAAGAUGAAAUCGCAAUUCGGAUAUCAGCAUGGUUUGAGCAGUUACGUGAUGUCGCAACAAUACAUGUGCCAAGGUGUUUAUGUGAGAACAAGGUAGUAGCUCGUCGAGAAAUGGUGACAUUCGUUGAUGCUUCACUAAAGUCAUACGGAGCUGUUGUUUAUUUGAGAUGUACAUACGUAUACGAGGAUGGCACUCGCUCUAGCAGAUUAAUCGCCUCUAAGAGUAAGGUAGCACCGUUGCUACCAAUGACGGUACCUAGACUAGAAUUAAUGGCUGCAGUUCUCGGCCUACGACUUACGCAGAAUGUUCUUCGGGCGUUUGAAAUGAACAUACAGGAUGUUAGCUUCUAUUCUGACAGUGCUGACGUUCUGUGGUGGAUUCGUGGCUAUGGGAGAGACUUUCGACCAUUUAUAGCUAACCGAAUUGGAGAGAUACAAAUGUAUAGCAAUCCUGCACAGUGGCAGCACGUUCCCACUGCUGAAAAUCCUGCGGACCUGUGCACGCGAGGUGCAACCCCGUUGCAAUUGUCCGAGUCUACGUUGUGGUGGAAUGGUCCAGUAUGGUUGGUACAGGAUACUUCGCAGUGGCCUCAAAUGGAUUUGACGAAAUCUCCAGUUAAUCUUCCGGAAACGAAAUCUGCCCACAAGAAGGAUAGCAAAGGAAAUGCAGUGGUUUCUGAUGGUAGUCACAGUCUGGCAACGAAAGCAGAAGUGAUACAACCCACAGAUAUCUGGCGGUUGGAUCCAAAACGGUUUUCAGACUGGAAGCACUUGGUCCGCAUACAAGCAAGAGUUAGCAGGUUCUUGACGAAUUUGAGGAACAAGCAGAAGCGUCAGCAGUGCCAAACCGAGCUCGCACCGGAAGAAAUUCGUGAUGCUGAAGACGUGAUCAUUCGUAAGGCACAAGAAGAGUCCUUUGCAGCUGAGUACGCAGCUCUAUCGAAUGGAAAACCUCUGCCAGCGAAGAGUCAACUGGCGAAGCUUUCUCCGCGCAUGGAUCAGCAAGGUGUUAUUCGGUGCAACAGCCGUCUCUACUACGCUGAGAGCUUACCCUACGACGCAAGAUGCCCGAUAAUUCUGCCUUGCGGACAUUGGGUUACCAAACUGAUCGUGCGAUAUUAUCAUGCAUUGGCAAACCACGUCGCAGGAACUAAUUUUGUGCUUGCUCAAAUCAGCCAAAGAUUUUGGAUUGUGGCAGCUAGAGAAGAAAUAAGAGGAUGGGAGAACGAGUGUUGUACAUGCCAAAAGCGACGGAAUAAGCUGGCUUCUCAAGUCAUGGGACCCCUGCCGGAAGUGCGUCUUCGUUUCACGUACCGAGGUUUUGAUCAGACUGCUUUAGAUUAUGCAGGACCGUUCACGACAGUCUAAGGACGAGGAAAACAACGACUUAAACGGUGGCUUUGUUUGUUUACAUGCCUAACCACACGCGCCGUCCAUUUAGAGGUAGCCUGGGGGCUUGAUACUGACAGUUUUCUCAAUGCGUUUACCAGAUUUACCAGUAGAAGAGGAGUUCCUAAAGAAGUAAUCAGUGACAACGGUACGAACUUUGUCGGGGCGGUGAACGAAUUAAAAGAUCUGGUGAAACUGUUAGACCGAGAAAAGAUUCAGCGAGACACAACACAGAAGGGUACUACAUGGGCUUUCAAUCCUCCUGGAGGUCCUCAUUUUGGUGGAGUUUUUGAAAUAAUGGUUAAGGCAGCUAAGAAGGCCAUUUAUGCGGUGAUCAAGAACAGUGAUGUUACUGACGAGGAGUUGAUUACUAUAUGCGCAGGUGUCGAAGGUUUUUUGAACUCUCGACCAAUAACCUACCAAUCGAUGAAUCCUUCUGAUGAUGUUCCACUCACACCCAACCACUUUCUUCAUGGUCAGCUAGGCGGAGAAUUCGCACCAGAGGUGAUCGACAUGGACGCUAACCCUCGUGAAAGAUGGCGUAAGGUACAAGCAAUUCUGUCACGAGUAUGGGACCGCUGGUUGAAGGAAUAUUUACCAACAUUGAACACACGAACGAAGUGGACGAACGUGGUAAAAGAUUUGAAAGAUGGUGACGUUGUUCUGGUCUUAGAUAAAGACUUACCGAGAGGAAAAUGGCCGUUGGGACGAAUCAUAGCGACAUAUCCAGGGAAAGACGGACAUAGCAGAGUGGCAAAGGUGCAGCUGGGAAACAAGUCAUUGGUCAGACCCAUUCACAAACUUGUCCCACUAAGAGUAUAGUUUCUUGACUUGUAGAUAGAGCCUUUAGUUUGAAAGGACUCGGGACCUUAAACUUGAACAUUGAUAUUAUGGACUAGAAAGGAGUUAAAAUAGUUAAAUCGCACUGCAAUUGCAUGUUCAGCAGUGCGGGGAGGGGGGAUGUUUAGAAGAGAUGUGACUUUUACACGCAAAACGCGGAACACGCGCGCAGACAAUCAGUGGAUUAUUGAGGUCAGUGUACUAUAGGAAAAGAACGCUAAGUAAACAGUAAACUCGUGUAGGAAUUUCGUAUUAAAGUUUAUUUUCACUGUUUUUGUACUAAAUCGAGUACUUUUCGAGGCUAAAUAUCGUUACAUCGCAACAUGUACCAUGCAUUAAACAUACUCUUAAUAGACCUAUUAUUAUGAUAUUAUAUUAUUUGAAUCUAGUUUUCCGUGAAAUUGCUUUCAUAAGACACGUGAAUCGUGAAACGACUUUUUUUGGUUGUGAAACGUGAUCCAUGCCCCCCCCCCCCUUUCCCACCCUCUUAAAAGGGUUGAAUGUCAAAUGCCCGAGUUUAUCAUUUCGUCUUUACUCACACUAUUUCCUUUUAAAACAGUAAAUUCAUAUCAAAUCAUCGAGUGUUCGGAAAGGCAAAGAUUCAGCUAAGCAAUGCUGGCACAAAUCAAUCGUAUUUUUAUAUAUGCUGUAUGAGUUGCAGACACAGCAUGAAACCGAUUCUUACAUGUGAGAUAUUGAAUAGAUCGUGUUUUUUAAUAGUUUUGAAGCAAGAAGAACAUUUCUUCUUGAGUUCAUUGUUAAGUGUGGUCAUUGGAAAGUUUAAUAGUGCAAUAUCUGAAGUAAGAAAUUAACUAUAUAAAAGUAUGAACUGUGUUUAGUUAGUGAAAUAUAUAAGAAGACUCAGGUUACGGAUUGUCAAGACCUAGCCACUCCAAAUUAGACUUUAGUUUCCCGUCCUCCGCCCGCGUCUCCCAAAACUGGCCGCAUGAUUUGUCCAUUAUUGCUAACUUGUUUCCAUUAUUCGACCUUUAUGACUAAGAAUAACGAAAAGCCACAGUUUUCGAAUUAUUUAUCGUUCUAGGAAUACAUAUGAUAUAAUACGUAAAAAUCGAAAUACAAUUGUUGAAACUUUUAUGCACGAGCGUGAAUUGUUGUUUUUCAGUUCGUUUGACUACAGUAACCGCCGAGCAAGACACUUCCGUUACACGUUUUGAUUUUCGAACGUAAUAAAAGGAUAAGAUUAAUUAAUAUCCUGACUUUCAUUUCUGCAUACAAAAUACUUUCAGACACCAUAAUGAUAAUGAAAAUGGACCGCCCGCCCGCGUGUAAUUUGAAAUAUAAGGGCCGGACGUGAAACUAAAGACUAAUUUGGAGUGGCCUAAAAAAAGGUUCGCCGGAUUUGGAUUGGAUUAGGGUUACACUAAGGUUGGAUUAGGAUUAGCAGUUAGGGGUUAGAAGUUAGGGUGGGGGUUGGGUGGGGGUUAGGUUUAAAAUUAAGGCAAUGUCUUAAUUUGAACGCUUUUUACAAUUAAGACAUAGCCUUAAUUUUCGGAACAGAUCGAGCUGAAAUAAAUACAGAGCUUUAUUCGGAAGGGGUAACUGAUGGUCUAAUGUGAUUUCCGUAUAUGCUGAAAUCUAUGACGGGUGAUGUGUGUCAAAAUUCAAUAACACAUUUGGCAAUGAUAACGUAUUAUUUUGCUACAAUAAUAACACAUUUGGCAACGAUAAAGUAACGUUUUGCUACAAUUCUGUGGCGGUUACAAGACAUUUAUUAACAAUAACAAAACAUUCAAUGACAAAGUAUUAUUUUGCAACAACAUAUUUAGCUAGUAAACGUAUCGUUUCAAUAUUUGCCAACAAUCGUACAUUUGGCAAGUACAAUCUCGUGAUGCAAUUGGGCACUAGCUCCAAAUGAGGCGAAAACGGUGCAAAAUGGCGCGUAAUUAUUUUCGCGAUAUUGGAUUACAUGUGCUUUUUAAGUAAACAUAGCGGAAAAUGAGAGAGCUUUGGCGUCAGAUGAUAUUCAGUCAUCUCUACUAUACACUCAGGCUAGAUAUAUAAUUGUGCAGCUACUGGAUGGUGUGGCCAAUUCACCACAAAAUACAUCUGCAAAUACUGCAGCUGGUCUCUCAAAAUUUCAAAUUUUGGUCUAUCUGGCAUUGACCUUAGGAUGAUUCCCAAUGUUUCCGGUCCGUAAUUUUCAUUAUUCAAAAUAGGACGUUGUAUGACAUUUACGAGAAGUCUGGCCUGAUGUAGCAAUUCGCUGUAAAUUUCGGGAUUUCGUGCUGUCAGAUUUGCUAGGCAUCGAUAAAGGUCUUCAGAAAAAUCGCGAAUACGAUCAAUAAUAUCAUCAAGCUCUGUUGAAAGGCAUUCCGUUACAUCAGUCAAUAACAUUUCCAAUGGCGUUAUAAGAGCAGUUCGUAGUCCGUUUUCUUCGAUAUCUUGAUCGCCACUUUCUGUGAAAAUAAUUACGCGCCAUUUAUGCACCGUUUUCGCGCCAUUUGGAGCUAGUGCCCAAUUGCAUCACGGGAUUGUACUCGCCAAAUGUACGAUUGUUGGCAAAUAUUAAAACGAUACGUUUAUGUUGUUGCAAAAUAAUACUUUGUCAUUGAAUGUUUUGUUAUUGUUAAUAUAUGUCUUGUAACCGCCACAAAAUUGUAGCAAAAGGUUACUUUAUCGUUGCCAAAUGUGUUAUUAUUGUAGCAAAAUGUUACGUUAUCAUUGCCAAAUGUGUUAUUGAAUUUUGACACACAUCACCCGCCAUAGAAAUCCUGUUUUGGUACGAGAUAGGUGGCGUUCGAAGUCAAAGAAUUUGAAUUGCGAUGAUAGAACGUAAGCAUGAUCGACUUUUGUCCAAAACAAUCGCGAGUAGAAUUCAAUAUGCCAGUAUCGCCCAUUUGCUCACAUUUCGGCCAUGUUAAAUUAAGCAUAACAAAAAUCAAAUAUGCAUAACUGCAUAGUAAUUAUAUAAUAUUAAAACUUCAUACGCGUUUCAGUACGACUGAGUUUAGAGAGAGAAUUUGGUGAUGUAAUCUUCGGGGUAGAACAGUAAUACAAAAGCAAGGUUAUAGGAGCAGCGUGCCGACAGGACAUUUUUAACAAACUAUCUUCCCAGGAGGUCUUUGUCUCCUUAUGUAUUGAAAUGCGAUGUAAUUUGCUUCUCUAGAAAUAUUGCCAUUGUGCGAAUCGAAACUGAAGUUUACCACAAGGUGUGGCACAGGCACAGCAUUGUCAUUUGAAACCUACUUCCGCAGGAACUCUAACAUUUGGUUUACUCAGGAAAUUUUAUUUUGGGAGCUUACUUACGGAAAAAAAUAUUUCAUGACUGGAUGGUAGUCAAUUGUAACAAAAAUAUCUAAUUGAUCCAUCAAUUCCAUUUAUUGACCACCAAACACAACUACUAGUCCAUAUAUAAUGAAAAUAAUUAAUCUUAUUUUUCACCCUGCUCGGUUACCUUUGUUCUUAUCGGGGAAUAUAUUCAAUAUUCCCCUCUAAUCAAUUUCCGUUUAACAAUCCCCUCUAAUAUUCACCUGCAAUGUCUUUGCAGCACAAAAAAUGAGAAAAAACAACAUAACGAAGGCAAUAUGGCAUUAAGAAUUAUUUCUAUUCUGACUCAUUAACGCGACCUCGCAAUGUGAAAAAUAAGUACGUUAUUUUGAGGCACCUCGGGGAUAUGUGUUUCACAUACCCCCUCGUUGCCUCAAAAUAACCUAUACUUAUUGUUUUGCUGAUGUUAUAUUGUUCUUGUUUUGAAGUUGAGAAAAUGCGGAAAUAGGGAAACCUCAGCAUAGAGGAAAUCAUCAGCAAGUGACUUUAAAAGGGCAACGUACUUGGUUACAUAAACUUGGCAAUCAAUUCAAUUUUCACAAUGUUGGAAGAAAUCAUCGCUUGUUUUUUGUCAUUGUUUUCUGCCUUAACUUUGGAUGCGCCACGACUUUCUCGAAAAAUGAAUGACAAUGCAAGUCCAUCAGACCAAUGUACACGCUAUACAUGGGAGCAAAAAAUUCACAGAGAGUAUGUCUCGUUUGAGGAAGAGAAUUUACCAUCAGAAACAGAGAAUGUACAACCAGGGUAUGAACUGGGAAGCGGGUUUAGUCAUGCCAAGUCAUUACUCAGAAGUCUGAAGAUGAACUUUACCAUAACCUUAGCUGUACUGCCUUUAGUACUUAUAGGGAUGGCUCUUAUAUAUUUUGAUUUAAGAACAGUGGAUUUAUGUUCUGAAUGGGAAGCUAAAAACUACACUCUUUCAUUUGAUGUUUGGAGAAUAAGAUUAGUCGGCAUAGGAGUUGAGAAAAUGCUAUUGUAUCUCUUGUUUUCCAUGACGUUGGUUGUUUUAUUUGGUUGGAACGAAUUUAAGCGCCAUUAUUCCUCGACUAUCCUAGUAGGCUUACUGGCUGGUUUAUUUAAUACAUUAUAUGUAAGUUUUUUACUCCUAUAUGGUAUUCAUGAUACUGGUCCGCUCAAAAGUUACGACGUUCCACCAUUUUUAGCAUUUCCUGUGGCUCUUUUCUGGGAAUCUGCAAUUGUGGUGCGCCAUAUUCGACAAAAUCAUCCAACUGUAUCCUAUUCAAGUUGCCAUAUUUUCAUGGUUCUUGUGGUACCGUUGUUGAGCACCAAUGCACUGGCAAUCUUUUACAGAUAUGCGGUUGUUAUAUGGUUUAAUUCCCUCGAUAAUGUGUGGUAUAGAUUCAUUUUGGCGAUCUUGACGCCUACCUUAGCACUGGUGCCGACUGCUAUAUGUAGGCAUAUGGCAUUAUGGCGUACUUCAGAAAUUAUCGAACCAGAGCGAAGCUUCGUGUUGGUUUAUUUCACGCGCGCAAUAUUCAUUACUUUGUAUCGUGUCAUGCAAGCAGACUUUGAGAAUAUCUGGCUGUUUGUCGGGCUAUCUCUUCUAUCCGGUGUCUCGAGUUUACUUAAAACAGUGACUGUUGGUAUUCGUGAGAAAGUAUGGGCACGAGUUAUAUGGUUUAUGAACAAAACAUGCUGUACAAGACUUCACCAUUUGCCUGGGAACACACCACAUCAUAUCCGGCUUAAAGCAGAUACCGAGAUACAAAAUAUACUUUUUGAGAACAAUUCACUGAUUUUGAGCCAAUGCUACAUCGUGUUAUAUAGCAUUACAAAUUUUCAUCUCUCUGACUGGUCGGUCAUGAAGUCAUCUUUAAUCAGAAUUACUAUUGGAUUGGUGAUUGAAUUCGUGUUCAAUAUUUUGUCUACUUUUGUUCGCAUACAUUGGCAUGAUAUUCCCAUAGCGCGAGUGUGGUCGAAGUACUGGAAACGACAUAUGUUUGCUAACGGAAUAGUUGUUGUAGUCAUAGUAUGCUAUUUUACUAGACCCUUACUCACAGUAUUUCAAGGUCGUUUUCAUCAUUCUGGUGCAGGGAAUUAUACUAUCAGAAAUUGUACUCUGCCUUAUGAAAGCUGGCGUUGAUUUCACAAACAGUUGUUUGCAAAUUAUUGCGGGGUGUGACUUCUCCUUGCUUCUCUAUUAUGCACAAUUUCCUAUUAUCUUUAUGUUAUCUUUCCUAUUUUAAUGACUUUAAUAAAUGUUAUCAUAGUAAUUAAUCUUAGCACUAAAGUGCAGGCGAGCUAAAAUAGUUGUGUUAGCAUAAUAUUUUUCGUCAGUAUAUUUUUUUAAUAGUAAUAUUAAUAUUAGCAUAAUAUUUUUUUGAUGACUUUAGCAUGAGCAUGUUAGACUUUUCUUCACGUACUCUUGAAAUGUAUAAAUUUAUUGGAUUAUGCACGACCCCUAUCGAUACCAGCGUCUAGUUCAAGCUGACUGGGGCAAUCCUGUUUAAAUAAAAGUUUUAAUCUAACUAGCCAAAGUAUUAUAUAUACCCAUUGGACCAACAGACCCAUAGCAAAAAUUUUCAUGUGAUGAAAGCAAUUGAAGUUCAUACGGUUCGUUUUAAGUUGUCCGGCAGUCGAUGCCGUGUAUCAAGGAUGGAUCUAACUGGAUCUGGUAGGGGGUGCGAAUCGAGCUUUGGCACUGAUCUUAUAUCUAGGACUGGAUAGAGCAACCUUUUGAGUCAACUAAUCAAGUGAAUUAAUUCUGAAGCCAGAGUAUUUAAGAGUGAGGAGAGAUUAUUAAAUCUGUCACAUCUCUUACGGAUCAAAUCGUUACGUGUUUAUAUUAGUUAUACUAUAAAGCAAAUAUCUUCUUCUAUGUAUCUUGGAAGACUAAGCUUCCCACACUUCUUCUAGUAAAUUUUAGAUCGUUUUAAAGUCGAGAUAAUGAGACUUGAGGUGGCAUUAUUGGUGUGACUUCAUUGGUUAUUCAAGGGGAAAAUUUAAAGACCAUGUCAAGUCCGAUUCUUUGUUUACCUUUUGAACUGCUAUAUUUGUAAACUAAGACAUACUAACUGAAUAUCUAACACUUUUCCGGUUUGCUAUUGUAAAUGAAUAUAAACUAGAGUACGUUUCAAUUCAAAAAAGUUCGAAAGAUGCAAAAUUUGGGUAAUGUUAAUAUCUUCGGAAAUCUGCGGGUCCCCUAGCCCUUUGUUAUGAGCAGAACGGAUGCGCAGAACGGACUUGACAUGGUCUUUAAGGCGGGAAAGAGAGGCCACUGUUGAUAAAUUUGUACUCAAGCCCCGUUUACACUACGCUUAAUUUUUGGAACGGCACGGAUAAAAUUGGUACCCGUACCACUUUUUUGGUUCUUGGACUACCUAUUUAGUUAGUCCAAGAACCAAAAAAGUGGUACGGUAGGCCUACCAAAAAUUGAGCGUAGUGUAAACGGGGCUUCAGACAAUGUUUAUCCUUUCCCAACAAUAACCAAAAACUGUAAGAACCUCUUCCACUAUAUGUCACCAACACCACAGUAGAUUAUGGUGGUAAUACCAUUGUAGGUAUAAAACACCCUUGUUUUUCGCGGGAGCUGAAAAAUGACUAUAAAGCCCAGUUGCGAUCGACGUUUUUCAAUUUUUGUAGGAAAAUGCUCAUUCUUAGAACAAAAAACCUACCUAAAAGCCAAAAAUUAAAAUUAAACAAAAAGCUAAGAUUGAUGCAAAUGCAGUCCAUAUUAUUCUCUUUUCUUUUCAAAUCCCAGAUAGACUAGCCCAAAAAACAAAAAUUUGCCGAUGUUUUUCAGCGGGGCUUUUUCCAAACUUGUUUUUCACUCAUCGGAGAUAACUUAGUCUUUGCUAUUUAUAUGACGAAGUUUUUCUAAAAUUUACUUAUUCUGAAAGACCACUUAAGUGUACUAGUAUCCUAGGGGCAUAGUAAAGCCCGACUUAACAAACAAGGGCUGAAAAAUAUGAAACUUUUUUAUGAAAUAAGGCCGAUUUUCCAUGCUGAAUUUAUUAAAUUUCCGCGCAGGGGCCUGGAUCAUACCUUCAAAAAUCAAGCGCGAGGUUUAGCCCGAGUUACAUCCUCGUUCCCUGGGCUUCUCGGCUGUCUGCGAGGUAUUGGGAACGAGGAUGUUACUGUCUUUGCUUCGGUGAUGUUAUUGUUGUUACUUAACUUCCUUGUCAAACAAUCCUUUGAUUUUGAACGCCACGUAUCUCGAAACACGACAGGGUUUCAGCCUAUAACAAAUUAUGCAUGCAUAACUGCAUUUUAUAUACAUUAAACUGACGUUAUACACAUUUCAAAACAAGUAAAUUUAAUGAGGCAACUUGGUUUAAUAAACUUGGCAAUCAAUUGAUAUUUUCACAAUGUUGGAAGAAAUCAUCGCUGGUUUCUUGUCAUUGUUUUCUGCCUUAACUUUGGAUGCGCCACGACUUUCUCGGCGAGAAAUGAACGACAAUGCAAAUCCAUCAGAGCAACGUACACGCUAUACAUGGGUGGAUAACAUUCACACUGAAUAUGUCUCAUUUGAGGAAGAGAAUUUACCAUCACAAACAGACUAUGUACAACUAGGGUAUGAACUGCAAAACGGGCCUAGUUAUACCCAGUCAUUACUCAGAAGUAUGAAGGCGACUUUUACCAUAACCUUAACUGUAGUGCCUUUGGUACUUAUAGGGAUGGCUCUUAUAUAUUUUGAUUUAAGAACAGUUGAUUUAUGUUCUGAAUGGGAGACUCAACUGAACUACACUCUUUCAUUUCGUGUUUGGAGAAUAAGAUUAAUCGGCGAUGGAGUUGGGAAAAUAAUAUUUUUUCUCUGGUUUCCUUUGACUUUGGUUCUUUUGUUUGGUUGGAGCGAAUUUAAGCGUCAUUAUUCCUCGACUGUCCUGGUAGGCCAACUGGCUGGUUUCAUCAGUACAUUAUAUGUAAGUUUUUUGCUUUUAUAUGGUGUUAACGAUACGAAGACGAAUCAUACGAUCACGGGUCACGACGUUCCAGAAAUGUUCAUAUUUGUUGUCGCUAUUCUGUGGGAAUGUGCGAUUGUGGUUCGCAAAAUUCGACAAAAUCAUCUAACUGUAUCUUACUCGGGUCUGCAUAUUGUCACGGUUGUUUUAGUGCCUUUAUUGAGCUCGUAUGCAAUGGCAAUGUUUUACAAAUACGCGAUUGUUAAGUGGUUUAAUUCCCUGGAUAAUGUGUUGUAUCGAUUCAUGAUGGCUAUCCUGACACCGACCUUAGCACUGGUGCCGACUGCUAUAUGCAGUCAUAUGGCAUUAUGGCGUACUUCAGAGAUUAUCGAACCAGAGCGAAGCUUUGUAUUGGUUUAUUUUAUACGGGCUGUUUCGUUCACUUUGUAUCGUAUCAUGCAAGCAGACUUUGGGAAUAUCUGGCUGUUUGUUGGGCUAUCUUUUUUAUCGGGUAUCUCGAGUUUACUUAAAACAGUGACUGUUGGUAUUCGUGAGAAAGUAUGGGCGCGAGUUAUCAGGUUUCUGAACAGAACAUGCUGUACAAGACUUCACCAUUUGCCUGGGAACACACCGCAUCAUAGACGGCUUAAAGCAGAUACCGAAAUACAAAAUAUACUUUCUGAGAACAAUUCACUGAUUUUAAGCCAAUGCUAUAUCGUGUUAUAUAGCAUUGCAAACUUUCAGCUCUCUGAUUGGUCUGUCGUGAAGUCAUCUUUAACGAGAAUUGCUAUUGGAUUGGUGAUUGAAUUCGUAUUCAACUUUUUCUCUACUUUUAUUCGCAUACAUUGGCAUAAUAUUCCCAUGGCACGAGUGGGGUCGAAGUACUGGAAACGACAUAUGUUCGCUAACGGAAUCGUUGUUGCAAUUUUAGUAUGCUUCUUUACCAGACCCUUGCUCGCAGUAUUUCAAGAUCGUUUUCAUGAUACCUCUGUUGCUGGGAAUUAUACUAUUAGAAAUUGUACACUGCCUUAUGAAGGCUGGCGUUGACUUCACAAACGGUCGCCGGUGUAAAUGUGUGGUCAGUGGCGUGCUGGGUACUAAUUUUCUGGGGGGCCAGUUGGCUUUCAACUAAUAUGCGCCCCUAUAUUGUAAUGCUUGAUAAACGAGUGUCGAAGGCACGAGCCGAGCGCCGCAGGUGCGAGGUUUCUCUAGGGGGUUCCGGGGGCAUGCCCCCUCGGAAAAUGUUUGAAUUUAGGGUCUCUGAAAUGCCAUUUCCUGGACUUUGGGGGGAAGGUUUGACAGAAAUCUGAUGGUCAGGAAACGGCAUUAUAACGUGUUGAAAUUUGCAAUUUGGUUAGAAUUAUAUUAUAUAUAUAGUAGUAGUUCUUAAAUUGGGCAAUGCUAACUCAGUUCCAGAGAUUAAUCUAAUCCCAAUUCUAUUCUCUACUGAUCUGGUGAUCUGAAUACAUUUACAACAUACAGCUCUUUUACACAAUAACACAAGGACCCCACGCAUAUGCACUUUAAGGUUACCUUGCUUGGCUGCCAAAAGGGCGCUUUUCAGCAUUAUCUUAUCACUUACAUUACUCAUGAGUCAUGAUGUUUGUUUCUGUCCUUAUGACAGCAUCCAGUUAAAAAUAGAGAUCAGGAAUGCGACCGCAAAAGACAAGGACCGCGGGCGCAAAAACGUGAGACGAACGUUUUUUUGUCGUAUCGAAAGAUUGUUUUGCGAAUUCCGUUAAAUAUUAUGUAAAUUUCUUGUUAAAAUACACGAAAAAACUGAAAGCUAUUUGUUCCACGUAAAAUCGUCUUGACUUUUCUCACGAUGGAGAAACAUUUGGUCCUUUGGAGCCGGAUCUAGAGUGGAAAAAUAGCGAGAUUUGACCACGAAUUUGACUCGAAAAAUUUGGCUAUAAAAUGGCGACAAACGAAAACAUUCUUCGAGAACGAAAGAAAUCAGCGAAAGGAAGACUUACGAAAGCGAGAAAUCAACUAAAAAGCUUGCUGAACACUCAAUUAUACGGACAGUUAACGAGUAAGAAUGCUAUUCGACGAGCUAUUAACAAGGUAAGCUCAGAAUAUGACAUUAUCGAAAAAAUUAUUAAUGCUUUAAAGGAAAUUUAUGCUGUUAGUACAUCCCACGACGAAAAUACGGACACGUUAAUUGAAAAUCUCGAUAAAGAGCUUGAAGAAAUUGGAGCUCUGGUUGACGAAAGCCAAAAAUUAGCCUACGAACAUAUAAAACAGCGAGAAGACAACGGUGAAACAGUUUCUGUAUCGUUAUCAACUGUAUCGAAACCUUAUUCAGUCGAAGAACAGACACAUCCGGAAGUUAAGGAGGCUAAUGACAGAUUUUUACAAAUACAAGAGGAACAACGACGACAAGAAGAAGAGUUAGAACAACGACAUGUUGAACUAAAGGAUAGACUAUUGCAUUUCCAGCAAGAACAAAGACAGAAAGAAGAUGAGUUGCAAAAACGAACAGCUGAACUUGAGCUUACAAAACGACGAGCUGAAGAAGCACGAAAAAUAACUGAAUUAAACCAAAUUAGAGCGGAAACCGCUGACCAUGCCUCCAAUUCCCACCACGACAGUUUAGAGAACACUCUCAAUAAUAUCAAUUUGCUUCCACCCACACCUUCAGUGCAACCUAAUUAUAAAACAGCCAAAAGAAAUGGAACAGUUAAAUUGAAAGGUGUGGAUUUACCAAACUUUUCAGGCGAAAAUAAGGCAGACUAUGAGUCAUGGAAAGCUGCAUUCAUGGCCAUCAUUGAUAAAGCAGAGAUUCCAGUUAGUGAAAAGAUGUUACGCCUCCAAAGUAGUUUAUCUGGGAAGGCAUUAGUUAUGGUCAAAGACCUUGGCUACUCACUGAAUGCAUAUGAGAGAGCAAAGUCCAAACUGGAAAAGAAAUAUGGCGGAGAAAGACGACUGAUGAUUAAACAUUUAAGAGCGAAGGUCCACUAAUAUCGAGCAUCAGCCGGUCACGCUCAAAGUUUCGAUUUUGCUCAUUUUUGGUUUGCAGGAAGGCAUUACCAAGUAAACAAACGUGAUGUAGUUUGUUUUUCAAAAAACCGCUAAAAUUCUGAGAAAUCCGAGAAAAACGAUUCAACUGUCGGCGGCCUAAAAAAUAUGCAAAUUUUCAAUUGAAUCAAACAGGUUCAAAAACAACUAACGCAUGCAGAAUUGGAAAAGAUAUGAAAACUGUACGUUUGUAAAUCGAUGGAAGAGAUGUUUGAGACUCGAUUGAGUAUAAAAUCAUGAUAUUAACUAUUAAUUAAAACCAGACAGCUGAUAUUUAGAAUCGUAUGUUAUUCACACAUAGCUAAAAUUGCAAUCUACCGUUGCCACGCCAAAACCAUUUUAACUAAGUGCCCCAGAUUUUUUCUACACGAAACGUACGCCAUUAACUAAUGAAAUGUUCUUCUAGAACAUAUAAAAAAAUUAGUCUGGGUUAUUGUAUUUAGAGUUCGUACGGAGGCCGUGAAUAUUGGGUAUUUUCGACAUAUAGCGUGACUGAAAUCUACAAGUGUUUUGUUCUUUCCGGAAGUUCCGGUCGCCAUUUUCUCAUAAAUAGUUGCUAUUUUCAUCGGGAAUUAAACCCGAAAAUGCAUUUCCGUAAGAAUGGCUAUUAUUAUCAAUUUACAUGGUUUUAGCAGUCACAGCAUUCUUUAUUUAAGACUAAGUAGAUAGUGCUAUGACCGAGAUAGCAUCACGAUUACAUGGGCAGUUUGAACCUGGGCUGAGUUUUAGUCAGAGCAAUAUUUAUUCCUUGUAGUAUUAAAACAAACCCAGGAUGAAAUGUCAUCCCGGCCUGAAAUCAUACGAUAUCACGAAAGGCAAUAUUCCGCUUGUUUGAGCAUUUAAAACGCCGAUUAAUUAGUCGACUAUUUGACUUGUGUAAGACUGUGGUUGCAUAAUUAUUUGCAAUUACAUGCAUGGGAUAUUUCAUCCGGGUUGACAGGGCUGAAAAUCUCAUCCUGGGUGACAUAAACCGGGAUGAAAAUUUCAACCCGGCCUGAAUUUCAGCCCUGUCAACCGGGAUGAAAUAUCCCAUGUAAUCGCAAAUAAUUUCAGCCCAGGCUAAAAAAAAACAAUCGUUUAAGUGGCUUUAUUUUGCAUUUCGUUUGCAAUUCGAAAUUUUUUCCAUGUAAUCGUAAAAUUCAUAUUAUAUUGAAUUUAUAGGGGCCCCGGUCUGAAAUUUCAUCCCUGUUUGCCAGGCUGAAAUUUCAUCCCGGGCUGAAAACCUCCACGUAAUCGGCCCCUUAUUUUAACUAAAGACAAAACUUAGCACAUUUUCAAUAAGCUAUAACAGAAGGAUGACUUCGAAAUUAUUUUCAGUUUUUUUUAAUUGUUAGUUUGCAUGUGGUUUGGCUGAACAUGCUCAGAGACAGAGAAAUUGUGUUCUCAAACUCAUUAAUAAUUUAUAAACCGAAAACAAAAGAAAUUAAUGUUUAAUCAUGGGCGUACCGGAAGGAAAAUAUUAGGGAGGCGGAAAGAAAUUUGCCCGACUUUUCCGGAUUGUGCCCGACCAGUGCCGAUUUUUUUUUUUCCGUAACAAAUUAAUUUUGGCGACCUCCCCCCCGGUUUCGGUCAGUGUAUCAUUUUAGGGGUCCAAAAAUUUUUCGGACAUAAAAAAAUUUUUCGGAACAUCAUACAAAUUUUCAACACAUCACAAAAUUGACCACAAAAUUGACGGAAUUUCCCACAAAAUUGACAGAAUUUGUCCCAUUUAUUUUUAUAAUAAGCCAAUAUUGCCCGACUGUGAAGCGAAUAUUGCCCGACUGACUUUGUUUGCCCAACAAACUGGGGGGGGGGGGCUGCCGCCCACCCCGGUACGCCCAUGUGUUUAAUCAGUGUUUUGAAACUGGAAGAAAACUGUCUUCAAAGCAGGUGGAGGAUUUGAAAUCUCCCAGGGAUCAGCGGGCCUGAUUAAGUAUUCAUUUUCAAACUACUAGUAGUUUGAAAUUUUUCAAGGUACUAGUAGUUUGAAAUUUUUUAAGGUACUAGUAUUUUUAAAUUUUUCAAGGUGCUAUAGUGUACACUGGAAUUAAUUUAAGGUACAGAAUAUUGUUCUGCCAUUAACAAAACUACAAAGCAAAAUUAAACACACUUGAAUCCUAAACACUUUUGUGGUGAAAAGUAAACUAUCAGGUAUAAGAGCACCGGUUUGUCUUGAGACAGCGAUCGGGCGAUGUAAUUAACGUGUAAAUUUCGUAUCUGGAAAGUUUGAUACUGCAUGUCUAAAAAUAGAUCUUGCCAAGGUCUGGCCGUCAUGGAUAUAAAGUGCUCCUUUUUCGCAAUAGUUGUUGGUCAUUGUGGCCAUGAUACUAGAGUUAAAAACAAAUCAUCAAAAUGCGUUCAGUUGUUAAGUUGUAAUCAUGAUAUUACAGGGCAUAAAUCGGAAAACAUUGAGCAAUUCGUAAUAUAUCCUGCACAUCGAUCUACUCUUGGAGCAGGGUUGAAACAGGCAGAAAACGAGAAAUGUAGAAUUCCUGUGAUUCUAUCAAAUAUUUCUUUACCACUAUUUCCAUUGUUACUAGAAACGCGAUGAUAGAGACAACACUCACGACAGGGAAAUCGGGCAAAACACUGCCAAACAAAUUUUUAGGUACUUUAUUGACUUUGAUUGGCAGCAAUAAAAAUAGUGUUAAUGGUUCGCACGCAAAUAUUCCUAAUUUUAAAAACUGCACUAAUUUUGCGAGAUAUAAACAGAACCAAAAAUAUUGUGAUUGUUCUAUCAGGAGAGUAAAUUUAAUCGUACAGUACGGUGGCGCGCGAUCGCCAAUCGUGUCAGUUCUACUUGCUUCACCUGAUGUUAGCUUCUUUAGAGACACUUCCUAAAAAUGCUGUAACUGCUAAAACGCUGUGAGUUGCUAAUAAAGGAUGCCUUUUUAUUUUUAACGGCAUUUUCGGGUUUAAAUUCCGAAUGAAAAUAUAACGAAUGAGAAAAUAGCGACCGGAAGGAACAAACACUUGUCGAUUUCAGUCACGCCAUAUGUCGAAAAUACCCAAUAUUCACGGCCUCCGUACGAACUAUAAAUACAAUAACCCAAACCAAUUUUUUUAUAUGUUCUAGAAGAACAUAUAAUUAGUUAAUGACGUAAGGUGAGGAAAAAAUCUGGGGCACUUAGUUAAAAUGUUUUUUGCGUGGCAACGGUACAUCGUAAUUUUCGCUAUUUGUGAAUACCAUACGAUUCUAAAUAUCAGCUGUCAGGUUUUAAUUAAUAGCUAAAAUUAUUAUUUUUAUGCCAAAUCAAAUCUCAAACAUCUCUUCUAUCGACUUACAAACGUAUAGUUUUCACAUCUUUUUCCUACUUUGCAUGCGUUACUUGUUUUUGAACCUGUUUGAUUCAACUGAAAAUUUGCAUAUUUUUGAGGUCGCCGACAGCCGAACGGUUUUUCUCGGAUUUCUCGGAAUUUUAACGGUUUUUGAAAAACAAACCAUAUCACGUUUGUUUACUUGCUAAUGCCUUCCAGCAAACCAAAAAUGAGCAAAAUCGAAAUUUUGAAUGUGUCCGCGAAUUCUCGAUUUUGCUCCAUUUUAGUGGACAUCUGCUCUUAAAUUGUACUCAUUCCAAUUACAAGACUACAAAAAAACCCUGUAUUGUUAUUUUUUGUCACUACCUCCCCACGUCAGGAUUGGGUAAUUUGCGCGCCUGCUGCCUUCCUUGGAGUGGUAGCCGUUUCUCAGGCUCCCUCUCCGGAAUCGAACCCUAAUUCUCCGUCACCCGUUGCAACCAUGGUAAGCCACUACCUUGCCAUCGACAGUUGAUAGGGCAGAAAUUUGAACGAAACAUCGCCGGCACGAACAGAGAAGGCCUUGCGAUUCGAACAGUUACCAUGAAUCACCAAAUGGGUAAGCGGCCGUUAAGCCGCAUUGGUUUUUAAUCUAAUAAAUACAUCCCUUCCCACGAGAGUCGGGACUUUUCGCAUGUAUUAGCUCUAGAAUUACUACGGUUAUCCAAGUAGUACGAGAGUACAAUCAAAUAAACGAUAACUGAUUUAAUGAGCCAUUCGCAGUUUCACAGUACAAGUGACAAAUACUUGCAUGACUUAAUCUUUGAGACAAGCAUAUGAUACUGGCAGGAUCAACCAGUUAACUAUACGUCGUUCGAACCAAGCGUAUCGUGCACAAACACGACACGCUCGUUCGUUCGAUCGAUCGUACAAGUAACUAUAAUUUUUUUUGCCACGUCUUCCAUCGUGCUCUUUGCGCACGGCACAAGCGGCCCCGUUUUGGAAACACGGCCAACUGUGUCGCACGCACGUAGAUAGUCGAGUAGCACUAAGCACCCCCAACUAUACAUUCGUCACAUCUCGCUUAGGACAUUGUCCAAGGGACAUGAUAGACAACAUUCGAUGAAAGCGAGAUUUCUUUAAAAAAAACGUGUACGUGUAUUCGCCCAAUGGAGGCGAAGGAAGCGUCGACGUUCUUUCUCGUUCGUGAAAACAAGCUGAGCCAGCGCUUCCCCUGCCACGUCGAGCGACAGGCGUUACAAACUCGCACUCGAUUUCAUGAAGCCAAUGCUCCACGAGUACACCGUUCAGGCAGCCCCCUUUCGCUUUAGACGCGGCAACAUCCUCAUAACCGUCGAGCCAUUCUGUUAUAGACUCUCCGAAACGGUGUGCACGAGAAUCGGAAAUUUUAACUUCUUCUCAAUCGGUCUCUAGGAGAGUCGAAUUUAAAAAGAUUGUUCUCGGAAACGGCGGGCAUUUCAAGCUCUCCUCGCCUCGGUGCGGACGAGGUUCGAAUUGAAAGUGGGACCUCACACCGAGACGGGUGGGAAGUCGAAAAAUCGAAAAAACCGUGGCUGCGGGAGGAUCGAGCGAUUUGAAGCUCUUCUCGCCACGGUCCGAAAGAGGGUCCAAUUGAAAGUGGGUCCUCGCACCAAGACGGGCCUUAUACGUACAGUCAUGCAACGAACAGUCAUGCAACGUACAGCAUACGUACAGUCAUGCAAGUUGUGCAAUAACAGUGUAUUUACGUCGAUGUACACGCACGUGUGUCAAGCGGUUCGAAGCGCUGGAGAGAUCACAUGUAAAGGGGAUGUUCGUGUUUAGCGAUUCUACCUUCGACAAUAAAGUUGAGAUAUCUAGAGAAGAUCAGCGAGCCGCUAACAUUCUCGAGAAUUCUGCCAAACUGCGUGGUGGUCAUUACGAGUUAGCUCAGUCAUGGAAGAGCUCUUCACCUUCGUUGCCAAACGAUCGUCCUGUCGCUGAGCAUCGCCUUGCUCUGUUGAAGAGAAGAUUCAAUAAAGAUCCCAAGUUGUUUUUAAGAUACACAGAGUUGGUGGAUAGUUUGUUAGACAAAGGAUACGCAAUGAAAGUUCCUGCCAAAUCAAUGGAAAUGCGCAGCAAAACCUUGUUGUAUUUACCUUACCACCCAGUGAUAUCCAAUAUCCAAUAUAUUAAUAUCCAAACAAGCCUGAAAAGCUGCGAGUAGUGUUUGAUUGUGCUGCGACUUAUCAUGGUACAUCUCUCAACGAUCAACUGCUCCGGGGACCGGACUUAACGAACGGUUUGAUUGGUUUAUUAAUUCGUUUCAGACAAGAUCUAGUGGCAUUAAUGGCUGACAUUGAAUCCAGGUUCCAUCAGGUUCAUGUUCCUGACAAAGAUAGAGAUGAUUGCGAUUCUUGUGGUGGCCUCGUAACGACCUUGAUGCCAGACCCGAAGAGUAGAAAAUGACAGUCCACUUGUUUGGUGCUAAAUCUUCGCCAACCUGUGCAAAUUUUGCAACGAGAAAGAAAGCAACCGACAAUGCGGAGGAAUUUAGUAAGAACGUAGUUGAAACGAUAAAACGAAACUUUUACGUAGACGACUGUCUCAAGUCCGUUGCAGACGAAGAUGAAGCUAUUACCUUCGCAGCUGAUCUCCGUGAUAUACUGCAAAGAGGUGGUUUCCGUUUGACAAAAUGGGUUUCGAACUCCCCAAAGGUCGUCGCUUCCAUACCAGAACACGAGAGAGCUGGUUCCGUGAAGGACGUAUGCCGUGGUCAGCCAACCCUCGAGCGAGCACUUGGUGUUCAGUGGAAUGUGGUCUAGAUCAGUUUGGAUUUAAGAUAAAGAUGAAGGAAAAACCGUCCACAAGAAGAGGAGUACUUUCCUUAGUUAAUUCUGUGUAUGACCCUCUGCGAUUCGCUGCUCCGUUUGUUCUGGUUGCUAAGAUGCUAAUGCAGGAGUUAUGCCGAAAGAAGUUAAGUUGGGACGAUCCUAUUCAGGGAGAAUACCUCAAACGAUGGGAAAAUUGGCAAACGCAACUAAUGAAAAUUGAGCAGCUCUACGUGCCAAGAUGCUUCAAACCUCCCGAAUUUGGGAAUAUCGUGUCAAGUCAAUUGCACCAGUUCGCAGAUGCUUCUGAACGUGCGUACGGCGCAGUUAGCUACCUUCGAUUGGUAAAUGAACGUGGUAACAUUCAUGUUUCGUUUGUGAUUGGCAAAGCUCGUCUGGCACCGCUCAAGGUAGUUACGAUCCCUCGACUCGAAUUAUCUGCAGCGAAUUAUCUAUCAGACUGGAUAAGAUGGUACGCAACGAAAUCGAGAUCUCGAUCGACGCUUCCAUUUUCUGGACAGAUAGUACAACCGUGCUUGGCUAUAUCAUUAAAGGGGCAAUGUCACCGAUUUUUGACCUAAAAUACCGUUUAUUCAAAAACUGAACUACAAAGUUAAAAAUAAACAUUGUAAAUGGAUUAAGUUAUGAUAUAUGAGUCAUAUUAAACAACUUUGAACUUCCACGAAACAUGUAAUAUGACAUUUUCAUAAAAAUUGACUAAAACUUGAAAAAGUGUCUGCCAACAAUUAAUCAAGAUGCAAUUUACAAUCCAUCUCAAUCCUGGCGUAAUCUUGCCCCUCCAGACUUCUGUACAUGUUUUUUGUGUCCGUUAUUGCUUUAUUUUGUGCUUACACUCAUUCUUUUUCAGUUUUGGGCAAAAUUUUCGAGGGUUGGAAUUGCCCAAAAAUCGGUGACAUUGCCCCUUUAACGAAGAGAAAAGAUUCAAAACCUUAGUAGCAAAUCGAGUGGCUGUGAUACACGAAACUACCGUACCGUCGCAGUGGAAAUACCUGAGUACUCGGUUGAAUCCAGCUGACGACGCCUCCCGAGGUCUCUCUGCCGAUGCUCUACUUCACAAUGAAAGAUGGCUGAGUGGACCUGAUUUUAUUUGCAAGAGCGAAGACCACUGGCCAAGUCGACACUAUAAUUCUGCCGCGACCCUUGAGGAUGAACCAGAAGUAAAGAUAGAACCACAAACAUUUGCCUCUGUUACAGGAACCCUAGAAGAUCCCUUGGGUCAGAUCUUUAAACGAUUUUCGUCGUGGACCUGCCUUAGAAGUUUCAUAGCCGGGGUGCUUCGUUAUCGUUCGAAACUCCGCGAAGCUGUACGUAGAAGAAGAGAAGGACAAUACGAGUCACUAAAGGCGAGAGUUAUUAAUCCAAUUAGUGUUGGUUCGCGCAGAGAACGUGAUUGUGAAACACGUUCAGGGAACAAGCUUUCGAGAGGAGCUGAUACGUUUAGGCGAUCAAUCCAUCAAUGAUACAACGAACGAGUUAAAAGUCAAGUAUGUUAAGAAAUCAAGCCCUAUCUUUAAUCUGGACACACAGUUGAUGGAUGGUAUUCUACGUGUUGGUGGCCGUCUGAAGAACGCUCCAAUACCAAGAGAAAGCAAGCAUCCUAUAAUUGUCCCACAAAAUAACCAUAUUUCCAACUUGAUCGUGCGAUACUAUCAUCAAAUCUCCGCUCACGCGGGACGCGAACAUGUUUUGUCACUCGUAAGGGAACGUUUCUGGAUAGUUGGAGCAAGAAUCAUGGUGAAACGAAAGAGACAGGGUCCACGUGGGGAGCAGAAAAUGGCCGACCUACCAAAGGACCGAGUUAUCCCUAAUAACCCACCUUUCACCUUCGUUGGGGUAGAUUGCUUCGGGCCAUUCCUGGUGAAGAAGGGGCGAAGUCUCGUGAAGAGGUAUGGCGUUCUCUUCACGUGUUUAACGAUUCGAGCCAUUCACGUUGAGAUAGCCUACUUUCUUGAUACUGAUUCGUUUCUACAGUCCAUGCGAAGAUUUAUUGCCAGACGUGCUCAUCCGGAGGUUAUGAGAUCUGAUAAUGGAAAUAAUUUUGUGGCCGAAGAAAAGGAACUUCGUAACGCAAUCGAGGGAUGGAACCAAGAGAAAUUGCAUAAGUUCCUUUUACAACAACACAUAAAAUGGAUUUUCAAUUCACCUGCCGCCUCCCAUCAAGGUGGUGUAUGGGAACGAUGUAUACGCACUGUUCGCAAGGUUUUGAAAGGACUUUUCAAGCAACAAGUACUCGAUGACGAAGGAUUAACUAUAUUGAUGUGUGAAGCAGAAUCAAUCGUGAAUAGCAGACCUUUGACUAAAGUUUCCGAUGAUCCUAACGAUGCAGAUGCGUUAACACCGAACCACUUAUUGUUCUUACGAUCUGGUCCGUAUUUCCCUCCGGGAAUCUUCACGAAGGAAGAGCGUUACAGUCGCCGCAGAUGGAGAAAAAUACAAUUUCUGGCUGCUAUAUUUUGGCGCCGAUUGGUAAAGGAAUAUCUUUCCACAUUGCAGAAGAGACAGAAGUGGACCAAGCCGCGCAGAAAUUUCCAAUUGGGAGACAUUGUGCUCAUCGUUGAUGAAAGUGAUCCAAGAUGUUCCUGGCCUCUUGGUGGCAUCACAGAAGUGAAGCCAGGGAAGGAUGGUUAUGUCAGACGAGUGAAAACGAAGUCAACGAUCCUGGAACGCCCAAUUAACAAGAUUGUCUUCCUGGAGGCUGAUGGUAUCGAGAAAGAAUGAACGUCAACCUGAUGUUCAGAAGUACCUCUGAAAUUAGACUUCAAUUUAUAAUAACCUUUUCUUAAAGACGGGUUACAGUCCGUGCUGCGCAUGUGCGAUUCUUUUUGUUUUGGUAGACUACUUAUCUCUCGUUUCCAUGGUUUCCAGUCCGAUUGCGUAAUAUAACCGCGAUUCUAUAUUUGUUGAUACAAGGAGUGGGAAUACACAGUUUCGAAGAGAUUUUCAACGAUUUGUGACUUUUAUGAAGUGAAAUCCGAUUAAUAACAAAUCAUUGAAACAAUAUGAGAAGAAGGAAAGAAUAUUACGCCAACAAGGAUGCCUUUAAAGUGUGUUUAUUUGAAAUUCAGUCAAGCGCUUCACCAUGUCGUACAUGGGUAAAGGUAAAUAUUUGUUUAUACAUUUGAUUAUUUCGUUCUCCUGAGUCGUGACUGGAUUUCUAAUUCGCUGUGAAUUUGUGACAAUUUUUAAGCUAGGGCAAUUACAUUCAUUUACUGUCUGAGAAAAUAUGGGAUUUCUGAGUUUUAUAGUUCAACUUGUUCAAGACAUGUAUAGACUAAUAUAGUACUUGAAAUAAAUGUAAUCACCUCAGGCUCA